AUCGGCAGAAAACGCGCGUUGCGCUUAGACCGGAAACGUGUGCCCAAAGUGGUUAUUUCCAGCCUCGUUCGGCAGAUGGAGGCUCUUUCAACCAUCCGCUGGCUUCGACAUGGUGGAUACUAAAGCGAAGGCUCCGGCCAAACCUGCGGCUACUGAGGCCAAAAAGGAUGGACGCAAGGCCCGUGGCAAACCAAGAAAUCGUGAUUUAGGAAAUGGAGUCUACAGGUUCAGCCGAACUCGAAUGUAUCACAAAAAAGCUCUUUACAAGUUCAUUGGCAAGAAAACCGAGAAAACUGUAAAGCCCAAGAAGCCUGUGACCAUUGAAAAGAAGAUUGGUGGUGAUAAAAACGGAGGUACUAGAUUAGUUCUACUUAAGAAGAGGAGAAAGAACUACCCUACUGCUGAUCCAGUCACUGUUCACCAUGCAAAGAAAACUUUCCGUGAACAUGUUCGCAGACUCAGACCCACCAUCACUCCUGGUACAAUCCUGAUUUUGUUGGCUGGGCCCCACAAGGGAAAGCGAGUUGUUUUCUUGAAGCAGCUUCGAAGUGGUCUUUUGUUAGUAACUGGUCCAUUCCUAAUCAACGCUUGUCCUUUACGUCGUGUUAGCCAGAAUUACGUGAUAGCUACAUCGACAAAGAUCGACCUUUCUGGUGUGAAACUACCCAAAGAAGUAGGAAAGGACGAAUAUUACAAAAGGACCCAGAACAAGCGUGCCAAGAAAGAAGAGGGAGAUAUCUUCAGCACAAAAAAAGUGGACUACAAACCUUCUGAACAGAGAAAGAUCGACCAGAAAAUUGUGGAUACACUAAUUAUUGGAGCCAUCAAGAAACACCAGGACAAAAAAUUGCUCUUUACUUAUUUGUCAGCGAUGUUCGGUCUUCGAAGCAGCCAAUAUCCCCACAGAAUGAAAUUUUAAAUCCAUUUGAUACAUCAUUUAUGUGUAUGUCACCGCAGUGUUGUACAUGUGGAAUAAUAAAAAAUUAAAAACUUGUCA